ACAGGAUAACGGUGGACUGGGGACAGUGUGUUGGACAGAGGCAGAUAAACACACCUCUUACUACGUGACUAUGUGGACCUUUAAACGCUAAUUUUGAGAGACAAGAGUUUGCGCGUCAACUUUCUUUACAAGAGCCGUGGCUAAAAGAAGAUGUCUCCAUCGGCGAAAGUUAACUGUAACCGCAGCGUCCGCUAAGAGUCUCAUAUUUCUACUGGUCCAGUGUUUUAAAAAAGUGCAUGCUGCAUGUUUGCUAACCAUCCAGCCAUCACUCACCUGCUGCUCUUUCCUGCUUCAAUACUUUCCCUCUUGUAUUCAAUACAUUCCCUACUUGCAUGUUGUGCUGUGAAUGAGGCAGCAUGAGAGAAGAUAGGGAUAACCCUCUGGCCCUGUUGUCCAAGAGGUCAUGCCAGAACCAGACGGACUGCAGACAAGAGCUGGAGAGGCUGCAGGCCGACUUGGAGGCGGAGAAGAUCCGAACACUGUGGGCCUGCGGGCAGCUCGGCGUGGAGAUUCGGAGCCUGCGAAGAGAGGCAGAGAGGGAACAUAAGGUGACCGUGAGGGAGCUGGCAGCCAGGCGUUUUUGCCUAAAGGACCGAAACCAAAGCAGACUUCUUCUGGCUAAAGAGGGACGAAUAAAAAACAAGGCCCAGUCCUCCGGGGAAGACGGCUUUCAUCUCGGCAGAGAACAAUCAAAGCUGGAGCAGUUGCUGCUCAAGCUGUAUGAAAAGAUAAAUGGGAAACGGGCAGGUUCUAAAUUUCACCACAGGCGGGAGUUCGAGCUAGAGAAAGCCAUCUUCCUAUGCCGCCUUCUAGAAGCCCAUGGGAGGCUGUUGCAGGGGACUCCAAGGUCAAGACCACCCAACUAUGUAGCCAAACAAUCCUCAAAGAAGCUGGUCUGGGAUAACAGCUGUAAUCCCUGUCAUUCAACAUCUCUCCUAACCAGCUCCAGAGCACAGCUGGAAACAACAUCCCUCAGAGAUUUGCCCUCACACAACAAAAAGUGCAAAUCUGAUCAGAAGAAGCUGUUCUCAAGCGACAGGUCACAGACUGCUGGGCCAUGGACCUCCACCAAGGUCAGGGGUGUGGGUCAGACAAACUCUCUGGAAAUGCAUCACCCCAACAACACCAUCCGUGCAGUUCAGGAUAACCAUCCAUCCCUGUGGGUGGAGUCUUCUUCAACAGACGAGUCAUCAUUGACCAAAUGCCCAAGAAGGAACAUGGAGAAUGGAACAGACUACGGAUUGCUGGUGCGUCAGAACUCAGAACUCCUGCAAGCCCUCGACGAGCUGGAGAAGACUUGCAACACACUGAGGGAAGAGAACGGCCUGCUGCGAAAAAGCAGCGCCCCAGAGACUGAGGAGAAGGUCAGGCGGUUGAGGAGAAAGAACACCGAGCUGACUGUUCUCGCUAAGAGACUGGAAGAGAGAGCUCGCAAACUACAGGAGGCCAACCUCAAAGUGGUGAAUCCUCCUUCGCUCAUCAGACCUGCUGCUGUGGAACAGUGCAAAAGAGCUUUUGCCCGCCAACGAGCUCGUGACCUGGCCCAGCAUGCUGAUGCACUGCUCUCUAAAGACAAAGAGAUUGCUGCCCUGCAGCAGGCGUGCAGGCAGCUCGAGGCACGACUCGGUCCAGCUAAGGAUUCCUCGGUUCAGUCAUCUCGGGUGGAAUAUGAGAAACUCCUCAAAGAGUCUCAGAAGGAGGUGCUGCGGCUACAGAGGCAGCUGUCUGUCACUUCGUCCAGGCAAAGGCCCGGCCUCAGGCCUGACUCCAAUGGCACAGAGAAGUGUGAGGAAAACGCCAAAGAAGCAGGGCAAGAGAAGGUUUUAGGAGAGCCCCCGUGUGUGGCAUUAGAUGAAGCUCCAUCCAGGUGUGAGAAGACUCCGGCAGAGGCGGGGGAGUCGUGGCUGCAAGUGACGCCCCCACCGGGCCUUAGCCCGACCUCCUCCCACCAGGAGGAGCCCACAGAGGAGCAGCGACUACAGUUUCUGGAACGGGAGCUGAGCAGGAAGAGAAAAGAAUGUGAAAAUCUUGAGCAUGAAGUAAAGAAGCGACAGAAGAGAUGUCUGGAUUUAGAGAACCAGCUUGAGGAUGAGCGAGGCAAAAAUGAGCAACUAAAGGAGGAGGCAGAACUCCUCAGGAGGAAGGCGCAGCUGCUCGACCAGACUCGGGCUGAGAAUGAGGAGCUGAGGGAAGAUCUCUCUGAAGUGACCGCUCAACACAAUUCAGUUCUCGAAGAGAACCAGAGACUCCGUGCCAAACUGGAGAACCUAGAGCAGGUCCUAAAGCACAUGCGAGAGGUCGCCGAGCGAAGGCAGCAGCUGGAAUUGGAACAUGAGCAGGCACUGGCUAUCCUUAAGUUCAAACAGGAUGAGAUCAAAAGGUUACAGAGGGCUCAGUUAUUUGCCAAGAGGGAACAUGAAGGAGUUGUUCAGAUGCUGGAGGACUUGACUCAGCUCGUGUUCCAGAGGGAGCUGUCGAAGGUACGAGAGCUGGAGGAGAAAUGUCGCAGUCAGAGUGAGCAGUUCGGCCUGCUGUCCCAGGAGUUGGAGAAGUUCCGGCUGCAGGCCUCCAAAGUGGACCUGGCCAGUUCCACCCUCCUCAACAAUGCCAGCCUCUCAGUUUUGACCAAUGGGGUGGGCCUGACUACAGAACGAGACUGCACUGGUGGCACUCUGGACAUGGUGUCUCUGGGUGAAAUAGCCUUCUGGAGUCUGGAGGGAGGUGACACUCUCUCCUGCCCGGAGGGUAACGAUCCACUCGAUGUGGCCGCUGCUUUGCGCAGGGGGUCCACGCCGCACGCAGCAGGACUCUCCAGGGUGGAGCGCUCGCCCGUCACCAAGCACCGAGAGCUGCCCACCAUCAGCGUCAGCAAGUCGGGGUCUUCCUCCAAGUCAGAAACCACGCACCUCACCCCCAAAUCUGACACCCACCUCAGUCCACACAAAUCCAGCCCAACGCAUGAGGUGGACACAGCCAGUGAAGUUGAGGAGUUGGACAUCGAUGUGGCCCCGGCGCCGUACACAGCCAGCAGGGGAGUAGCAAAGCUUCAGGUUUUUAUUGCCAGAUACAGUUAUAAUCCUUUUGAUGGGCCAAAUGAUAACCCUGAGGUGGAGCUGCCGUUGACCGCUGGGGAAUACAUCUACAUUUAUGGCGACAUGGAUGAUGACGGUUUCUAUGAAGGUGAGCUGAUGGACGGACGGAGAGGGCUGGUCCCCUCAAACUUCGUGGAACGCGUGUCAGACGACGAUGUAAUGAGCGCGCAGCACCCAGAGACCGGGGACGUGUCGCACAACUCCCUGCUAGACAGCAGCCUGCACAGUGCCAGCCACCAGCACCACCUCCACCUGGGCGUCGGCGCCUCAGAAAGGACGGAGGCGUCGCCCGCCUCCGGCCCCGCCUCCGCCCUUUCAGAUUCGGUGUCGGCCUCGUCUGUUCCGGCCCCCCUCACCAACGGCCUGGAUCUGGAUUUGGAGGAGGUGGGAGUGGACGUCGUGCCUUACCCACGGAAACUUACCCUCAUCAAGCAGCUUGCCAAGAGCAUCAUCAUCGGCUGGGACCCCCCGUUGGUGCCGGCCGGGUGGGGCAACGUGUGGAGCUACAACGUGUAUGUGGACCAGGAGCUGCGGCUGAACGUGCCCUUCGGCGCUCAGACCAAAGCGGUGCUGGAGCGGCUCGACGUCAACCUCAAAGCCUACCGGGUUUCGGUCCAGAGCCUGACGGAGAAGGGCCUGUCGGACCAGCUCCGCUGCAGCAUGCUGGUCGGCCGGGACGUCUGCGUGGCGCCCACGCAGCUGCACGUGGACAGAGUUACCGCCACGUCCGCCAACCUGACCUGGCUGCCCAGCAACAGUAACUAUGUGCACAUUGUGUCCUUGAACGAUGAGGAGUGUGAGCUGGUGAAGGCUGGCUGCUACUCGCUGUGCCUCAAUAACCUCUCGCCCAGCCUGCAGUACACGGUCAAAGUGGAGGCGCGGCCGCACCGAACGCCAUGGGAGCUCCCCGCGGAGCGCCGGGAGCACAGGAGCGCCACCGUUAGCUUCAGCACGCUGAUGGCAGGUCCCCCUGACGCUCCGCUGGACGUGCAGCUGGAGCCCGGUCCCUCUCCCGGAAUCGCUCUCAUCAGCUGGCUGCCGGUCACCAUAGAUGCUGCUGGGACCUCCAACGGAGUCCGGGUCACUGGAUACACCAUAUAUGCAGACAAGAAGAAGGUCUUGGAAGUGGCGUCGCCGACGGCUGGAAGUGCUCUGCUGGGCCCCUCUCAGAUCCAGGCCCUCCAGGCGGCUCAGGAGCUCACUGUUCGCACCAUGUCUGCCCACGGGGAAUCCUGCGACUCUUUUCCAGUAAACGUGCCCUCCAAGCUGGCCGCCGUCAUGGCGGGCCCGACUCCGACCGCCCCAGUUGUGCCACACCUCCCCUGCACCUCAAUAGCCCCCAGUAACUUAUCCCCACUUCCGUCUUAUGGAAACUCUGCUGCCAAAAUCUCUGCGCUGCCCAACACUCUGCCUGGCCCCGCAGUGGAGGCUGCCGCCAACCUGCCUCAUGCUCUCCACUCACAAGAUCGUCUGUUAUCUGCCUCUUAUGUGAAAGCCUGGGCCGACCCGACUUCUGCUGCUGCCUUGACGAUGUGUGAGGCCGCCUUACCUGUGGCCUCCGCCGUUCCUCCAGUGGUUAAUGUGGCCUCCCCCAUCAACACAGCACCUCAGCCGUCUCCAGCACCAGCGACGCCACCUCCGCCUGCUCAAGUGGAGAUGGUGGCGCCAGCGGCAGUGUUGGAUCUCCGCAGAGACACCGACAGCCCCGGGACAAUACGUCCUUUCCCAUCCAUCACAGAGUUCAUCGAGGACCCCUGUGCCAAGCUUGGGACCCCUGAGCGCGUCGCAAGUCCACCUAAAGCCCCGAUCGUCGACCUCUUGAACCCGCAGAGCACCAACGUCCUGCGACCGCCCUGCACUUCGCCACUGGAGUCGGAGGUGGAGGAGGAACCGGAGAACACUCGGCUGGUGUCCAUUGAGGAGUUCUUGAGGCAAGACCAGGAGCCGGCUUACCCUAGUAGGCAGCAGAGUUACAACAGAGGCCUGACGGAGCCUCACAGCGACUAUCACGCAGACAACAGCCAUUCAGAUUUGUCGGACAUCCUGGAGGAGGAGGAGGAAGACCUUUACUCGGACCACCUCGGAGAAGCACAGGCCAGGGGGUACACAGUGGGAGCCAACAGGGAGCCCGGUCAGAUCCCUCCAGCUGUGGCGGGCCCUUCCAGAGGUGGCCAGGCAGAGCUCUCUUCCAGACCAAUGAGCUCCCACACCAAGCAGCACAAAGGUGAAUCUCCAAAAAUAAAAGGCGACGGCGGCGUUCGCAUCUUUGUGGCGCUUUUUCCAUACGAUCCCGUCACCAUGUCUCCUAAUCCUGAUGCUGCAGAGGAGGAGCUUCCCUUUAGCGAAGGACAGAUCAUCAAAGUUUAUGGAGAGAAAGACGCGGACGGGUUUUACCGGGGGGAGUCAGGUGGCCGUCUGGGCUACGUCCCGUGUAACAUGGUGUCUGAGAUCCAGGUGGAGGACGAGGAGACCCAGCAGCAGCUGCUGCAGCAGGGCUUCCUGUCCACGGCUACCUCUAUGGAGAAGAUCGGCACUCGCACAUAUGCACAGCUUCCGCGUCGCCCUGUUCCACCGCCGAAACCGAGACGAUCCAAGAAAGUGGAGUCUGCAGCGCUCUGGGAGGAGAGCAUAGACUCCUCCAGUCAAGAUCCCAGCCACAGCGCUGCUCCAGGAGCCGCAGGGAAACCGGCCUCCGGGGCUCGAAGGAUGGUCGCCAUCUUUGACUACGAUCCGCGAGAGAGCUCCCCGAACACCGACAUAGAGGCUGAGCUGACUUUCAGCGCAGGAGACAUCAUACACGUGUUUGGUGACAUGGACGAAGACGGUUUCUUCUACGGAGAGUUGAACGGACACAGAGGCUUGGUGCCCUCCAACUUCCUGCAGGCCUUCCCAGAAGAACCUCCUCCUCCAGAACCGAUCAGUGCCCAACCGGCACCAGAACACAGGAAGGAAUUACAGGAUCCUUGCACCUCCUCUUCAGAGCCGCAAGAUUCAGUCCCCUCUGCGCCAAAAGAGGCUUUGCGUCCCCCAGCUGAGCCUUCAAACCCGAACAGGAAGGAGCCGUCGGACCUGCAGCCGCAGCUGGAAGCCGCCGCCGCAAGUCCGACCCCCGACCUGACCCCUGCUCCCGGUCCAGCUGCAGCGGAGGUCCGCUCCUCUCCUCCGGACACCCCAGCUCCCUCAGCGUCGGCCGUGCAGGCCAAGAAGAAGAGAGGCUUUUUCUCCAAAGGCAAGAAACUGUUCAAGAAGCUGGGAUCCAGCAAGAAAGAAUGAGACUCGGAACACUCGUAUCACGUUUAAAGCACUUUUCUCUGUCUGUACUGUCAAGUCUCAUGUAAUCAAUGCUGUUUGCAACUAACUGAUGCGUUAACCGUCAGUAAUGAAACUUUUGCCUUAGACCAGCGAGUGAACAUAGAGGACUCGGCAGUGCAGAACAUCCGCUUGCAGCAUGUGCGCGUGCAUGUUGAGCUGAUCCACAAGUAUUUAUUCUAAAUUCUUGCGCUUUGUCAACUUGUCGCAGUGAAACGACGCAGCAAUAACAUACCAACACGUAGCAAUGAUUUAGACCUAUUUAAUGCUGAGCAGUGUCGAUUAGAAGACCAGACGCCACCCGGACUGCCAACGGCCGGGUUGGCGUUAGCUUUAGCGCUCAUCCGCUGGUGCCACCGUAUUUAUCCGAAGCCGACAGAAAGAAGCAGCAGUUUUGCUCUUUAUUUUUCUGUUGCGGCUGUUUUAAAAAUGCACUAUCCAUCCUGAUUGGACGGAGUUAUAUUAUAUCUGUUCUCCUCUUACGUUACUUAGUACAAAAUCGUAUUUAUUGUAACUGUUAGCACUGCGCGUGAAGCUGACCGGUGAGCCGAGAGCUGUCAUAGGCAGCUGGGCUCUUCUGAUUGCCGAGGUUGAAUGAAUGUGAAAGCAUGUCACCAUUUCAUUCAUUUCCCUGGAAUCGAUGUUAGUAGCCAAUAUGGGGAUUAUUGGGUCAGCUUGGCCGAGUCCCACAAGAUAAAAUCGUUAUUUAGUUUCAGUUGGAGCUCGGUUCAUCAUCAGCCUCUAGGUUCUGUCUAUGUGAGCGUAGGUUACAGACGUAGACGGACAUUCAGGCCUUGCAGGUACAAAAAGUCCUAAAACAAAUUAAGCCUUUAUUGCAGUGGCACAUUCUCUCACACAUACGAAAAAAAUAUGGAGAUCCAAGUUUUAAUCUGAGUACUUUACCUCUGUGUUUCCCGUGUGUUAUCACCAGAUUUUUAAAUAAAUGAAUCUCAAAUAGUUUAUGAUGCCCGGGCAUCUGGCAGCUUACCUCACUCACCCUGCAUGCGUUUGUGAUGGCGGGACGUUCACAAAAAAACAAUCAGUUGGUAUUUACUCAAUUUAAAACUUUUCAUUGUGAGGUCACUGCAAUAAAAUAGAUCAAAUUUUUUAGAGAGACAGAGAAAAAAAUGCCUUUCUCACUCGCAAAAAAAAAAAUCCGGAUGGCCUGAAUGUUUAGGGUGUGUUAGAGAGAAAUGGGCAGAUCUGCAGUGUCCAGACAUCAAGCGUCUGUUGAUUAUUACUGAAGACUAGCAUUCGGUUUCCACUAAAAUCUCCAGUUGUUCUUUAAAUGAACUGAGAGAGAAGGUGAUAGAACCAACUUCUAGAGAAAGAUGAACCAAGUUCUCUCUUCCAUCACAGUGUAGCGGAUGCGGAGGAAACCAGAGCUACUGCUGACGCUUCCUCUACCUUCAAUCCACUAACUCACACCGACUCAUCCGUCAUCCUAUUUGCUUAGCAUCUCAGUUUUACACUCUACCCACACUUCGUUGUUACAGUUCAACCCUUCUCCACACAGCAAAGGACAGAAUGUCAUUUGUCGUCAGAUGUUAAGAGGUUUAUUCUAAUUUGAAUGUAGCAUGCUUUUUUUGUUUUGUUUUUCUUAAAUGUUAGCUGUAGCAGGAACAUCACUUCCUGGAUCUGCUUUGAAGCAGAGCGUUUGCACUGAAGUCUUGUGGUGUCUCUGUACCGUGAUGGGCUCCGCAAUAAGUUUCUGCUGUCGCCUCCGGCUUGCAGUGUUACAACGUAAAUGUUGGUGAUUAGCAUAUGCAGCAUGGUUAGCAAUGCUGACCAGCUUGACUUUAGCAAUACAUAAUGCCGUGUUAGAGAGUUAGAACCGUGUUGUGUUGUUUGUGUAGGGCUUAUUGCAGCUUCGUUAAAGUAAAGCUGUAAUUGAAGUGUUUAUUUUGAGCGCAGGUGUGCAGAGCAGGCCCGUUUUUUUAUUUCUUUUUUGACUUUUUCCCCCCCACUUGUGACGCUCACUCUGAUUUUCUCCCCUCUGUCUCUGCUGCGCAGGGCUGCCAGGCGGCUCCUCAGGUUUUUCAUCGCUGGGUUCCUUUCGGUGCUGAGGCACCUGUUCAUUCUGGCUGUCGUGAAGCUGCAGAAUAUGCCAAAACGUUAGGUGCUUCGCUUUUUUACAAGAGACACGGAAUAUUCCCAGCAGUAUGAUUCACUAGGCUGUUUUUUGUUUGUUUGUUUGUUUUCUGUUUAGGGUUCGCUCUGUGAAUGUUUCAAUCUCUCCUGGUUUCGUAAAGGGAGCACGACGAUGCCAAGAGCAAAACCAGAAAGCGGUUCGUCAAAGACACGUUAGAUGUUGAAUAGCCGGGAUAGAUGCAAGCCAGAGGCAGUACUAAAUACUUUUUGUUGUUUUGUGUUUUUUUUCUUUCUUCUUCUUCUUCUACUUUUGUGUUUUAACAAGGGGUUGGACGCUCCCGAAAGUUGCCGAAAUGUACAGCGGAUAGUUGUAAUGUGUUAAACGGCCUUUAACGCACCAGUCCGGUCCUCUCGUCUGCUGCCCAGCAACACGAGAGGCCCCUCUGCUGACUGGCUCCGACUGAGACCCAUGUAGAUAAAGUUUUCUGUUUGGUUUUGAUUUUUUAUUUAUUUAUUUUUAUUUUUUAGCUCAGAUGAUCAUUUCUAGCCUUACACAAAGACCUUGUUUAGUCUUAAUAUGUUGUUUACAGGAUGUUCGCAUGCAUGUUCUACCCAUGUUCGGCCUUAUUUUCAUUGCUCUCACAUUUCAGUUUUAGGCAGACACGUCUACUGCGUCGACGCCUCAGCGGGAACGAAGCUGUGUGUGUAUAUACUGUAACGAACCGGUGGGAUACGCGUUAUAAUUUCAUUAUUUUCAUACGUCGCAGAAAAUCUUUGUCUCUCCUUGUCUUCAUUGUUUGAAACCACUGUAAGAUGAACCUUUUUAUAUAUUACUACAAUUAUUAUUAUUAUUCUUUUUACUACACUUUCUGGAAGCUUAUCUGUAUUUAUUUUGAGAGUUUUUCAGAUUUUAUUCUGCUCUUUAUUUUUUCUUUUUUGUUAUUUUUGCAUGUCUAAGCAGUGUCGUUGGCAGACUAUUACCUAAAACUAGUACAAUGAGGACUUCUUGACUUGAAAAUGUGGUGAAUUAUUUCGAUAUGGAUCUUUUUUUUUUUACUGAAAUAAAAUAUGUAUAUUUUCACAGA